UCUAUAUAUAUAUAGAUGGAUGGAUAGAGAGAGAGGGAAAACCGCUCAAAAAACAUACCCAAAUCCCUUCGUAGCCUGUCGUGAAUUUUGGGAUUUUGCUGAGUGUUGGAAUGGAGCUUCCGAGCGGUAUGAUUAAGGGGUUCGACCUGAAUCGCUACGGUGGCGGUGAGACUUCGGAGGUUUUGGAUUUGGGUUCGUCGUGUUUGUGGAGUGAGAGAAUUGGUGAUCACGGUGAUCAGUUCUAUAACUCGGAGAUGAAACGUGGUUUUGGUGAAGCAGCUUAUGAACAAGGGAAUUGUGUCCUAAGUAGUAGUACUCCUAAAACGUUGCCUCUGUUGUCCUUGGAUCAAAACCAGCAGCCAAAUGAAGAAGUUGAUCAAACUGACGAGCUUGACGAGAACUCCUCCACCAGUAACAACUAUGGAGAGGAAGAUGAAGUAGUGGGGUGGCCACCAAUUAAGUCCUGGAGGGAGAAGCUUUCCACUUUCGUGAAAGUGAAGAUGGAGGGAGUGGUAAUAGCAAGAAAGGUUGACUUAAGCCUCCAUAAUUCUUACCAAGAACUCAAGGAUACCUUGGUUGACAUGUUUCGGAGAUCAGGUGAGGAAAAUGUGGAGGCCUACAACCUCACUUAUCAAGACAGAGAAGGGGAUUGGCUACUUGCAGGAGAUGUACCUUGGAGUUGUUUCAUCCAGUCUGUGCAACGUCUAAAAUUACUAAGGAGCGUGGAGUAAUCCAAGAGGAAUUAAUGAUCAACGAAUCUGUCUGCCUCUUUUUUUUUUUUUCCUUCGACAUUUCAUUCAGUUACUGUUGAUCAAAAAGGAAAUGAGUAGAUUCUCCGGCUGUAUUUGAAAC